UAUCUCUGAUAAGUCACAGAAUUGAUCGGCAAUAUAAUUUCAGUUAUUGAGUUGCCCAUCAAUAAUUAAGCAUUGUAAAUUUAGAGGCAUGAGUCUGAAGUACUUGACACAGGAUGAAGCAACAAACAUUGAUUUGGAACUCUUCAAUGAGUACAAAUUCAGUGUCGAUCAGCUCAUGGAGCUGGCUGGUUUGAGUUGUGCCACUGCAAUUGCCAAAACAUACUCCAGGGAGCAGUUGGCAGGCAAAGAUAUUUUGGUAUGCUGUGGGCCUGGUAAUAAUGGUGGUGAUGGACUAGUUUGUGCCAGACACCUGAAGCUCUUUGGCUAUCAGCCAAUGGUCUAUUAUCCUCGGAGAACAGAGAAUACCCUGUACCAAAACUUGACACUACAAUGCACUGCAAUGGAGAUACCACUUACAGAACAAAUCCCUCAAGAUGUUUCCAAGGUGGGGCUUAUUGUGGACGCUAUUUUCGGUUUCAGCUUCAGACCUCCAAUCAGAGAACAGUUCAUACCUAUAAUAAAUCUGAUGAAAAAUAACGAGACAAUACCAAUCGCCAGUGUGGAUGUGCCGAGCGGUUGGGACGUUGAAAAAGGAGAACCGGAAACGGGCGGCAUCAAACCCGAAUUGUUGAUUUCACUAACGGCCCCAAAGAUUUGCGCUAAAAAGUUCGAAGGGAAAUACCAUUAUCUAGGUGGCAGAUUCGUCCCACCAGGUCUGCAAAGGAAGUAUAAUCUAAAUUUACCGGACUAUCCUGGAGUCGAAUGUUGCAUGCUUAUCAAAUGAAUGGGAUACAUUAAAAAAAAAGGACGUCUUAUAAGGCGGGGUCUACGUUUUCUAAAUCAUGGUGAUUAAAUGUAAAGCAAAAAAAAGA